GAGCCCCGAGGGGCCGGAGCUCCUGGCGGUGCCGGAUCCUGACGGUGGCCUUCCCCCGGGUCUGUAAGUGCGGAGGCGGCCGGAGCGCCGGGCAGGGGUACGGGGUCUCUCAAGAGGGAGCCCCCUUGGGGCCCUGGAUUGGCCGGGACCUGUUCUGGGAUGGGGGCGAGGAGCUGGCCUAGGCCCGGCGGGACUUAAGGAACCCUUGGCCCGGCCCACGCUGUGCCCCGCCCCUUCCCCUUCCCCGAGUCUGGAGUGGGGAGCCUAACUAUGCCCCAGGGACCUCCUCCUGGGACCCCAGCCGAGGGCCCAGCAGUUGGCUUGGACGCCUGACUCUGGCAUCUUGUAGGAAGUGCCAGAGUUAAGGGCCUGGCAAGGCCUCGGUGCCAGCCCGCUAGACUCACUAUGCGCGUGCUGACCUAGGUUACCCUUUUGCCGGGGUUUCCCCAAAAUCGGCCGCUGGCGACAGCGCCUUUUCUGUUACGCUAUGCCAGGUACUGCGGCUUAAGAUACCCUUCCAGUUUUCCAGGGUCAAGUUUGGGAGCCAGGUAUAAACAAAUAAUUGCUCCUGUGAUUUACAUAUCAGUCGUAUAUGUGUGAACUGCCCAACGGGCAGUGGCUAGGAAGGCUGAAGAAAGAAAGUGACGUCUGAAUUAUAGUUCUUGGAGAGGAUAAAGUGGAGAGAAGAGCUUUUCAGGCAGAAGGAACAGUUUGCAAGGCUCUGAAGGAAUGACUGAACGUAACUUGUGUGUGAAGAGGAGGAAAUAGGGGGCUCUUGUGCGUAGGAUGAGAUAGGAGGCUGGGAAAGUAGGCUGAGGUCCAGAUAGUGAAAGGUUUAAUUCUAAAGGAGAUGGGUAGUUUUUUUAAAACAGUUUUGAGCGGGAGACUAUACAGUCAGAUUUGCACUGUAGAAAGCCUUGUUGUUCUAGAAGUCAGCCUGUAGAAAAGAGAUGUCUAUAAGUUGAUUAUAGAUUCUCCAACAAAUGUCUGGGUACUCUUAUUAGAAACUCUUUUGAAGGAGUAAUCGAAUCAGCCUAGUGAAAGUUAAUGAAGUCCUGAAAUGGAGUUACGACAGUGUUACUGGAAAGAAGAAAAGUAUGCUAGAGUGAAUGGUGUGAAAACUAUAUAAUAAAUUGGAUGUUGAGGGAGAAAGAGGUAGCAAAGCUGAUUCCUAGGUUUUAGGCCUUUGGUAUUUGGAGAAUGUUGAUGCUAUUAUCAGCAAUAAAACCAUAAACUUGUAGAUUACAAAUUUAUUUUUUGGACAUGUUGAAUUAAAGGUAUAAUGGAAUAGCCACAUAAGACUGUCCAGUAUAGAAUUGGAAAUGCAAAUCUGCAGCUUAACCUUAGUGUUGUGGCUAGAGGUAAAAGUUUGAGUCAUUGGCAUAGAAAUAGAAGCUGUGGUAAUAUUUGGCAUCAGGAAGGAAGUAUUGAGAAAGAUGGGGAUAUUUUGGGGGAAUGGUUGCAUUUAUGAAGCAGAAAGAGGAAUGAAUUGGUGGGAUAGCAAAAACAGAGGUAGGGGAUAAUGUAUAAAAGUACAGGGUUCCAGCAACCAAGAAGACCCAGAAUUAGGAGAAGGGAAUUUUGAGGAGGGUCCAUUGGGACAAUUCAUGCAGAGCAUUUGGGGAAUGAGAAGGGGGAGAACAGAUUGCAUUUCUGUAGUAAAAGAUAAUUAAUAGGGCACCUGGCUGGCUCAGUCAGUAGAGCAUGCAACUCUUGAUCUUGGGGUCAUGAGUUUGAGCCCCAUGUUGGGCAUAGAGAUUACUUUUAAAAAGAGAGAGAGAUCAUUAGAGACCUUUUAAAAAGCAGUUUUAGUAGAGUAAUGAGGCGACGAUUUAUGAAAUAAUGGAGACCUCACCUGGUUUGGUGUUAAAUGAGAAUGAGGAAAGGCCACAUGUGAAGUGUUUCACAAAGAAAAUGGACAGGCUUUAUUUGUUUAUUCACCUAACAAAUGCUUAUUGAGCACAUUCCCAACACUGUUCUAAGCUCUUUUAAACAAUUUAAUUUUUAAUUUCCCAUAACAACCCUAUGAAAUAGUAUUACUAUUUGACCGAUGGGAAAAAUGAAGCACAGAAGGGGUUAAGUAACUUGCCCAGGGUCACACAGCUAGUAAGUGCUUGUUGUUCGUAGGAAGUAUGUCUCCAGAAUCCAUAGUUUUUUCCACUGCACUAAGCAGUGACUGAAUAUGGGAGCGAAAGGAGUGGGAAAAUUUUAAGCAAAGAUAGGUUCACUGAUAAAAAAUGGAGAGGCUUGGAAGGAGAUCCUAGUUGAGAAGGUCUGCCAAAAUGUCUGAAAGAUCAGAUCUCCUUCACUUCAAGUUUGAAAAUUAUGGAGAUUCAAUGUUACAAAAAAUGAACAAAUUAAGAGAAGAGAAUAAAUUUUGUGAUGUUACAGUUCUCAUAGAUGAUAUUGAGGUACAGGGGCAUAAAAUUGUGUUUGCUGCAGGUUCCCCCUUCCUAAGAGACCAGUUUUUACUGAAUGAUUCCAGAGAGGUGAAAAUCUCCAUAUUGCAGAGUUCCGAAGUGGGGAGACAAUUGCUCUUAUCCUGUUAUAGUGGUGUGCUGGAAUUCCCUGAGAUGGAACUGGUCAAUUACUUGACUGCUGCAAGUUUUCUUCAGAUGAGCCACAUUGUAGAACGGUGCACGCAGGCCUUGUGGAAGUUUAUAAAGCCAAAACAACCAAUGGAUAGUAAAGAGGGAUGUGAACCGCAGAGUGCUUCUCCCCAGUCAAAAGAACAGCAGGGAGAUGCCAGCGGCUCCCCAAAACAGGAUUCACCUUGUAUUCAUCCAUCUGAAGACAGUAUGGAUAUGGAGGACAGUGAUAUUCAGAUUGUUAAGGUAGAAUCUAUUGGGGAUGUGUCCGAGGUUAGAAGUAAAAAAGAUCAGAACCAGUUUAUUUCUUCUGAACCCACUGCUUUACAUUCAUCAGAGCCCCAGCAUUCCCUGAUAAAUUCAACUGUGGAAAACAGAGUAAGUGAAAUAGAACAAAACCAUCUCCACAAUUAUGCCCUCUCUUACGCAGGCAGUGAUAAUAUCAUCAUGGCCUCAAAAGAUGUCUUUGGGCCUAAUAUUCGAGGUGUAGACAAAGGCCUACAGUGGCAUCACCAGUGCCCAAAGUGUACCAGGGUGUUUCGCCACCUGGAGAACUACGCCAACCAUUUAAAAAUGCACAAACUCUUUAUGUGUCUACUCUGCGGCAAGACUUUCACUCAGAAAGGCAACCUUCAUCGACACAUGCGUGUGCAUGCCGGCAUUAAACCUUUCCAGUGUAAGAUCUGUGGGAAAACCUUUUCUCAGAAGUGUUCCUUACAGGAUCAUCUUAACCUUCACAGUGGAGAUAAGCCCCAUAAGUGUAACUAUUGUGACAUGGUUUUUGCACAUAAGCCAGUUUUGAGGAAACAUCUUAAACAGCUGCAUGGCAAAAACAGCUUUGAUAAUGCCAAUGAAAGAAAUGUGCAAGACCUCACAGUGGAUUUUGAUUCUUUUGCAUGUACAACAGUCACAGACUCUAAAGGGUGUCAGCCACAGCCUGAUGCAACACAGGUCCUGGAUGCAGGUAAACUGGCCCAAGCUGUCUUGAACUUAAGAAAUGAUAGUACUUGUGUGAAUUGAGUAGGGGCUUUAUGCUCACAACUUAGAAUGGACUGAAAACGUGGCAAUAGUCUUGAGUCUUUUUAGGAGUGAUUUUGCUAGUGUGACUUCUCCCAAAGCCUCUGUGCAGGUUGUAGGGGUGAGUCCAAGCACUAACAGAGCAGGCAACUUACCACUUGGAGUGGUCUUGCCUUCCUUUUGUCCUCUCCCAUUUUGUUUUGAAUUAUUUAUCCCGUGAUGUCUGUUUUCCUUUUCCAAGGAGUAUUCCAUUUGUCUACCUAACAUUGACUUUUGUCCUAGACUGACACUAUUUUAGGCUUUUCACUGGGCACAUCCUGAAGGUACCGAUAAGUUAAUAACAUCACCUACAGUCCACUAAUAGAUGCUAUGCUAAGAGAAGGAGUAGUAUUUUUCUUUGGCAAAAAAUAGGCUGAGAUAUAAGGUGAUACUGCUCUUGGCCUGAAUAUGUGAUAGAACUUCUGGUUGCCUAAUGUUAAUUGCCUACUGAUAAUGAAUCUGCCUCCUACAUUUGUACUUGUCUUGGAACUGGCUGUGAAGUAUUUUGGGUUGUUCUGUAUUCUUCAACAGUAUUAUGGCCCAACUUCAUUGUCACUGAGUGGUUCAUAUAGACCAGAGUACAAUCUUUUCAGCAACACCUACAGACAAAUAGUUAGGGAUCAGCAUGAGGAGCGUAAUUAAUAACGGACAGAAGUACAGUUGUACAAUAGCACUUACAUAGGAGGUCUUCCCAAAAAGAAGCCAAAUGCUUAUAAUUAAUGUGUAACUUAUUUGUGGAUGCUGUUGAAGUCGGGAUUGCUCCAGGCACACUUAAAAUGUGCUAAAGUAUAACAGUCUCUCUAAAAAGGGACUAUUUGGGAGUCUGUCUCUGGACUUUGUUUUAGAGGCUAGCCAUCAGAAAGGUGAGUUUGGCCUUCAGAGUUUUGUCUGGUGUAAUGUAAUCUCUGAAUUCUCAUUUCUUCCUGAACACUAGUUUCUAAAAUGGAUGAAAAAAGUAGAUCACGGAGGAGCAAUCAGGUUUUGCAUUCAGAUAUUCCUAUAAAGGUACACAGUCCCACCUUGCCAUGUUUGAUAGCUCACUCAUACAAAAUUGAUCUUCCAAUAUGGAAAAACAAAAUUGUUUCUGCUAAAUCACAUUUUAUAGUUCAGAAAUAAAAUUUUGAGUCUUAGCAGCUUUUGGCUCAGGAGUUAGAUUUAGGUAAUAGGAGUCUUAGAGUCCUCAGAGAAUCUUAACUCCACCUCUUUUUUUUUAAGUUGGAGUAUCCAAAGCUCAAAGAGGUGGCCUGGCCAAAGUUGGCUGAAGUAGAGAAGUGACUAAGAAUGAGCUAAUGUCUUAUUUCUCACUAUCUCUUGGCUUAAAAAGAGUUAGUACAUGAUCAGGAGUAUAUUAGCAAAAAGCUCCCAGUUUGUGCUUCACUUUUGGGAAUCCCUGUUGGCUUUUUGAGACAGCCCAGAUUUUGAAAACAAAACAUCACAGGAAGGAUGUUUUUUGUUAAUUAAUUAUUUUCUGUUAGAGUGAAUAUUACAUUCUUCUCAAGCAAGUGACUGACUUUUUAGGUGGGGGUCAAGGAGGGAAAGGACAAGUAAGAAACAUGAGAAGGAUCCAAAUGUGAAACUUGAUUUUUGUCUGGAAGCAGUGUUUAUUUCAUUUCCAUGAGGAUUUUGUUUUUAUUUUUGAGCUCUGAGAAUGCAUGUACAGAUAAACCAAAACUGAAGUUUAACUUGAGUAGUCACAGGGAAUUUUUAAAGUUGUUAUAAUUUGAUGCAUUUACAUGUGAAUCUGAUUUGAGUUAUAAUUUCUACCUUUUGUUAAAACACUUAAAAAUGAGAAUAAAAUUGAGUGAUAAGACUAAUAGGUAUCUUAUGCCUAAAGUCACUCAUUUUUAUGGUCUAACGAUGCUACCUAGCAUUCUGAUUUUUAUAUGAUCCAGCCAAAGAGUACCAAUUCUAUGCAACAGUGAGACAUUAAUAUGUUAACCAAUGUUUCUCUGAACAUAUUUCAUCACAGGGAAAUUUCAAGUUGGAGUGCUUCCUUUGCUUACGUUCAUGUCCUGUUUUUGUUACUGGUUUGAAGACUAAAAGGCAUGGGUUCAAAUAAGAUUGGUCUCUUUGGUUGGAGACUAUUUCUGGGUUCAUUCAGUAGUUGAGAAACAUUUAUUGGGCACCUUUGUUGCCAGGCACUGUGCUAGAUACUGAGGAUACAAAGGUAAGAUUGCUACGGUCCCUGCCCUCACAGAGCUUACAAUCUCAUACAGUCUUAUGUGGUCUUAGAUAAGGUGAUUUAAACUAGGAAUAAUAAAGAAAAUACCUUGUUUCCUUUGAUCACUUAAAAUCAGCAUCUCGAUGGUUUUUGAUCAGUAAAACUUCUAGUUCCCACCUUUUGCAACUGCAAACCACUGAAGUGAUUUACAGUCUCCUCCAUUUCUUGGCUGGAGAGGUGUUCUGUUUCUGUGAGACAUUUUCUUAGUUUUGGUGGGACUUGACUUUUCUCCUUUGUUUAUAUAUGUUUCUUAGAUUGUAUUGCAAAGUGGUCAACUUCUGAUAUCAAAUACAUUUUAUAAGGGAAGAUGACUUUCAAAACUAGUUGUAUUCUUAUAGAGGACGAAGAUUUUUUAAAACCUUAGUCAUUCUGCAUUUAUAUUUUAUGGAUCCCCAGAUUAAUUAAAAAGGACUCUCUUUACCAUAGUUUGGUUUUUAAAAAAUUACUGUGUGUCACCGUUAUUUAUUUAUUAUUUAAUUUUAAAGACAAACUCCAAACUGAAGUGGCUCUGAGGUAAAUCAGAUGUGGUUUUGUUUUAGUUUCUUUAUUAGAAGAUCUAUAAAUGGAGGGUGACCAAUGUCACCACUUCUAAAAUACUGUCCUAAACAAACAAACCAGAAUAUUUUAUUUCAGCUGGUGAAUAGCUGUUCUAAAUCUGUUGUAUGUUAGACAUACUAUGAACUACCUCUUCACUUAUUAUGGGGAAGUUUCCUUAAUAAAAGUGUGACAAU